GGAAAAUACUAGUAUUUUUUACAAUAAUAAUGUUUCGAUCGGAGUAGUAUAUCAUAAAGCAUUAGAAUAAUAAACACUUUGUUUCUGAAAUAUUUUUUUAGUUAAUUAUACCAAUUCGAAAUCAAUAUUUACAUAAUUAAGACAGGACAACGUCUGUAUCGGGUCCGCUAGUAUUAGAUAGUUUCAACUACGAAAGCCUAGGGUUACAGAGUUAUGGCCUCAUUGUCUUGUUUAUAUAAACAUAUGCAUAUAACUUUAUCGACUGACCAGAUAGUUUGACCAAAAUUAAACUAAUUGUACCUCGUAUAAGUAGAACAAUCUGUGCACAGAAAUUUGAGAAAUUUGUAUUUGAUCUUAGACGAUUAUUUUAGAAAAUGGAAGUUUUGAUAUUUCGGUUAUUUUGAAAAAUAAUUCCGGUUUUUAUAGUUCUUCUUCUGGAUUUUCUAGUUCUUUCCAGCUACAGAGCUUAGUUGGUAUGGGCCAACAGGCAACAAUUUUGACAAUUCGUUGGUAAGUUGUUUUAAAUGUUUUAUAUGAGGCCAUAUUAUUUUAAAAAAAGAAGAAGGUCGAAACCUAAAAGAGCACGUUGUAAUUUGUAUUUUAUUUUUGUAAUUUGUAUUUUCGAUUUGUUUAUAUCCAAUUUGUGCUUUAUCUAAGAUUGAAGUUUAAAAUGGGGAAGAUUAAACAUGAAUCUGACAGCAUUAAACAAGAAUCGGGCGAUACUAGUGUUAAAGGUGAAACUGUCGAUGAAUUAAGUUAUGAAGAAAAAGUGGCUAACUGCAAUGAAAUCAGUAAGCCAAUGGCAUCGAAAAAGCUGGCGAAAAAGUGUUAUAAAUUAGUCAAGAAAGCUAUGAAACAAAAAUCGUUCGCUAGAUGCGGUCUCAAAGACGUUCAAAAGCGCAUAAGAAAAGGAGAAACCGGAAUUGUAGUGUUUGCAGGUGAUAUCUGGCCGUUAGAGAUAAUGUGCCACCUUCCGAUAGUGUGUGAAGACAAAGAUAUUCCUUAUGUGUAUGUCCCCAGCAGAAAAGACUUGGGUGCAGCGAUGGGAGUGAAACGAGGCUGCUUGACAGUUCUUAUCAGGCCACAUGAUGAGUAUAAAGAUUCGUACAGUGAGCUACAUGAAGAAAUUAAGCAUUUAGGAGUAGCUUUGUAGUUAUACUUGUAGGAUAAAGUUUUGGUUAAUAUAGUUUUCUUAAGUUUUA